CUUCGCCCUUCGGUUUACAACUAUAGAUGACAGAUGGAGUACACACCUGUAGUCCUGCUUGUUCUUGCGCUAAACUGCACCUUUCAGUCAUCCAGCAGCGCUAGCCCAGGCUCAUCCUACGGUGUUCAUUUGAAUGCUGAUGGAGCAUUCCAAUUCCCUGUAUUCCACAAAUAUCAUCCGUACUUGAAUUCGAUGGUCCAGGCUGCAAAUAUACCAGACUCCGCCGUCAUUGGGGACGACAGUAUCCGUAAAAACCAGUUCUUCAUGGGCAUUAGCCUUGGCACACCAGCUGUUUUUAAUCUUGUCACCAUUGAUACUGGCUCUACCAUCUCUUGGGUUCAGUGCCAAUACUGCAUUGUACAUUGCUAUACGCAAGACCAAAGGGCUGGGCCAACAUUCAACACGUCCAGUUCCUCGACUUACCGGAGAGUUGGAUGCUCAGCGCAGGUGUGCCAUGACAUGCACGUGAGCCAAAAUAUUCCUUCUGGCUGCGUCGAAGAGGAAGACUCUUGCAUCUACAGCUUACGGUAUGCAUCGGGAGAAUACUCGGCUGGGUACCUGAGCCAAGACAGGCUCACUCUUGCCAAUAGCUACAGCAUUCAGAAGUUCAUCUUUGGCUGCGGUUCAGAUAAUAGAUACAAUGGACACAGUGCAGGUAUCAUUGGUUUCGGGAAUAAGAGUUACUCGUUCUUCAACCAGAUAGCCCAGCUAACGAAUUACAGUGCCUUCUCCUACUGCUUCCCCAGCAAUCAAGAAAAUGAGGGGUUCCUGUCGAUCGGGCCAUAUGUCAGAGAUAGUAACAAGCUAAUAUUGACUCAACUGUUUGACUAUGGCGCCCAUUUACCAGUGUACGCUCUGCAGCAGUUUGACAUGAUGGUCAACGGGAUGCGGCUCCAAGUCGAUCCACCUGUCUAUACGACUAGAAUGACAGUUGUUGAUUCUGGCACUGUUGAAACCUUCGUUCUAUCUCCAGUGUUUCGUGCACUAGACAGGGCACUGACAAAGGCAAUGGUAGCUGAGGGGUAUGUCCGGGGAAGUGAUAGCAAGGAGAUUUGCUUCCAUUCCAACGGCGAUUCAGUAGACUGGAGUAAGUUACCAGUUGUUGAGAUAAAAUUUUCGAGAUCUAUCUUGAAGCUACCAGCGGAGAAUGUGUUCUAUUAUGAAACUUCAGAUGGUAGCAUUUGCUCGACGUUUCAACCAGAUGACGCUGGUGUGCCGGGGGUUCAGAUUCUAGGGAACAGAGCAACGAGGUCGUUCAGGGUUGUGUUUGAUAUCCAGCAGAGGAACUUUGGCUUUGAAGCUGGUGCAUGCUGAGGAACUUUGGAUUUAUAUCCACGUCACUUGUUUCGGGACG